AUGGCCUUAAAUCAGGAAGAAAAAAUAAUUCAGCAAAAUAAUGAAUUUGAUGAAAAUUCUUUAUUCAGUUCAAUAGAGCCUUUAUCGAAAGGCUUAUUAAACAUUUAUGAGCCAAGCUUGGUGGUUGCUCAAAAGCAACUAAAAGAACUAACGGAUAAACAAGAGUUAAUGCUGAAACAAUUACACCAAGAAAACUUGAGCUUAUUAGAAGUACAGCAUGAUCAAGACUUGGAGCAUAUAUUUGGGAGAUUAAAAAUAUAUCAAGCAAAACUUGUAAACAUAAAAAAAGAUAUCAAAACAUUGCAUGACCGAAGUUCAAAACUUAAGAAGAGAGCUUUAAAAUUGCAACAAAUAAAAGAAAAAGAAGAGGCUGUUAAACAGCAAAAAGAGCUCAGCUUAAAACAAGAGGAAGAUCUAAUAGGAAACAAAUAA